AUGGCUGGUGGGAAGAAAAAAAACUGUUACAGGAAGACAAGGAAAGGAAAACCUUUCCCUGGUGUGCAAAGAUAUAGUAAAUUUAUUGAUCAAAGGAUUGAGGAAGCGGCUGGAACAUCACAGGCAGUUAGAAACGAUGGUGAAAAUGAGCCCGCAUGUGUCAGUUCCUCAAGAAAGACGAUGCAAAUACAACAUGAUGCUGAACAGCAAGCCGAUGCUUCUAGUGACUUUGAGCAAGAUGAAUACCUGCUAAUAAAUGUGAAACAUUUGUCCUGUUUUAUCCGAGAUUAAUAGCUGUGAAGAAGGUAUUAUUAAUGAUUUGUUUAUAAUAUUAGUAUAAAUUCAUUUUGACUUUGCACUAUCACCCAAAUUUUGGCCAAAUACUGUGUUAUAUGUUUUGAUUUUUAAUCUUUUCAUGGAUUAUUGGAAAGGUUGGGAUACUGGACCUACAUGUAAAGUAUUAAAAACUAUACAAAUUUUGCUCUAUUUACUUUUUGAAAUAAAUAGAUUAUGUGCAUUUUAAAAAUCUAAUAUAUUGUGUAGUAUUUUGGUUUUGGAAUCGAAUGAUCAGUCAUAACAAAUACAGCAUCGACACUUCUAAUAAUAAAUUUUCCCUGAUUGUUUAGGUUGUAUUGCUUUUAAAAGAGAAGUCAGCACAAAGAUAUGGAUUGAAAAGUGAGAUAUCAGUGUCUUGCAAUUCAUGCCAUAAAGAAACAUCUCUGGUAACGUCAGGUAGUGUUGCAGAAAGGGGAACAUCAUACGAUGUCAACAGAAGAGCUGUUUACCACUCCAUAGAGACAGGCAGUGGUUACGAAGGUUUGGCCUCUUUUUGUAGUAUCAUGAAUAUGCCAUGUAUCUCAAAGCCUGCUUACCAACAACAAAUAAAAACAAUUUUACUUUCAUUGGAGGAGGAAGCAAAUGAACAAAUGAAGAAUGCUGGCAAGGAACUUCAUGAACUCAUGAUCUCAAAUGAGACCGCUGAUGUUGUCGACAUUGCUGUAAGCUUCGAUGGAACAUGGGCCAAGAGUGCCAAGAGAGGAUUUACAUCAUUGGCUGGAGUUGUGUUUGUAAUUUCUGUAGACACAGGAAAGGUUUUGGACUACCAUUGUCUAUCUAAAGCCUGUCAGAAAUGCUCCCUCAAGAAAUCAAAAUGUAAGGACGAUGCUCAAUUUCAAGAGUGGCAAGUCGAACAGCUUGCAUCUGGUGAUUGUGAUAUCAACUUUGAUGGCAGUUCACCAGCCAUGGAAUGUGAAGGAGCUGUUACAUUGUGAGAAAGGUCCACAUUGAGAAGCACAAUCUUCGCUACAAGUGGAUGGUUAGUGACGGAGGCAGCAAGGCCCAUGCAGCUGUGGAAGACGUUUAUGGUGGACAAUGCAAGGUAGAGAAGCUAGAUUGCGUAGGACAUGUUCAGAAACGAAUGGGGAAACACCUUAUGAAACUGAAAGCCUCAAACAAAAGUAAACUUUCUGACGGCAAGACAAUUGGUGGGAAAGGGCGUCUCACAGAAGGCAAGAUCAAGCAGCUGCAAAAAUAUUAUGGUCUUGCUAUUCGGCAAAAUACAUCAAAAAAGCCAAAUCCAACCCAAGCUGAGAUUUGA